GGGUCCAUCACUAACCAAUAAGCACUCUCCACGUAAGCUCUUUAUUCUUUUUCCUUUUGAUUUUAUAUAAAAAUAAAAUAUUAUCGAAGUUUCUUUUCACUGGAAGCUCUCUCCUUUGUUAGAACCCAACAGGAGGAUCUCUCGCAGCUCGGGCGAUCUAGGGUUUGUGGAUCAUUUUUAGGGUUUAGGAUAUGGCAUCGAAGCGGAUCUUGAAGGAGCUCAAGGAUCUCCAGAAGGAUCCUCCUACCUCUUGCAGCGCAGGCCCAGUUGCUGAAGACAUGUUUCACUGGCAAGCAACAAUUAUGGGUCCUCCUGACAGCCCAUAUGCAGGUGGAGUGUUUCUAGUCACAAUUCAUUUUCCUCCAGACUAUCCAUUCAAACCACCUAAGGUUGCAUUUAGGACAAAGGUCUUUCACCCUAACAUCAACAGCAAUGGUAGCAUUUGCCUGGACAUCUUGAAAGAGCAGUGGAGUCCUGCCCUCACCAUAUCAAAGGUGCUGCUAUCAAUCUGUUCACUGUUAACGGACCCAAAUCCUGAUGAUCCUCUGGUACCUGAGAUUGCACACAUGUACAAGACAGAUAGGAGCAAGUAUGAGACGACUGCAAGGAGCUGGACCCAGAAGUAUGCUAUGGGUUAGUAUGCUGCUGCAGUGUGCGGGAGAGGAAGGGUUAUUUCCAUGUUGGUUUGUUUAAAUGACCGUAUAAGCAAGAAUUUGUCCUGUGUAUCCUCAAUAUAUAACUGGACCUUAGGGAAGAGAUCCGUCCAAAUUCUACCCUCCUUAAAAACAGAUGCUGUCUUAAUUCUGGUGUUGUGUAUGUGGAAUUAUGUUCUGAAGUUUGAUGAAGCCGGUCUAACAACCUGUUGGCACAUCCGGGAAAUUCAAGUUAUAUCCCAUAAGUUUUAUUUA